GGCAAGCUGUGGCGCGUCUCUCGUUUUAGAAAGGUAAGGCUACUGGGUCAGCUUGCACCAACAGCCACACAACGCCCUGAAUCUGCCACUCUUCCGCCUGACCUCUAAGCCUCCCUCCCGCUUUCCCUACCUGAGAGAAUUCGGGCAAUGGAAAAGAAGAAUAGCCAGAGCAGAGACAUGCAAGACAAGCGCUUUUCAACACCUCUACAAAGCUGAGUUUCCCGGGCGGAGACGGUUGAAGGCGGCAGCAGCAACGCGCUCGAGGAAAGAGCAACUCCCGGCGCGCGCACCUCCAGUCCCCGCGCGCUCGCCUCUUGUUCUCUCUUGCGCAUGCCUGGGUAGCGACUUUGGUGGUAUUGCUAUUGGUUCUAUGUCGCGCUGUUUCUCCCCCACCACUGUCAGGUUUGGUCCCCCUUGCAGCGAGUGCGACGACGCUGACCUAGCAAACGUUCAGCUUUUUUCCUCUCCUCCCCGCUGAGGCCAUCCGUGCUCCUGGGCUUGCUUAGCUGACUGCACCUUGUCCAGAGAGCGGCAUGGCUGGCGAGUAUAAGCUUUUGCUUGAAGGUGCCCAACAGGUGGUGCUUGUCUGCGCCAAAAGGGAGAAAUACCUCCUAGAGGAUGGCAUGCAAGACCUGGCAGUGCUGGAAAACGCCAGUGUGGUGAUUGGCAAAGAUGGUUAUAUAAAGGAAGUAGGAGAUGCAGGUGCCAUUCACAAGCAGUUUGUAGGAGCUUCUUUUGAAAAAACAAUUGAUUGUUCUGGAAAGUGCAUCAUACCAGGUCUAGUAGAUGCACACACACAUCCAGUAUGGGCUGGUGACAGAGUUCAUGAGUUUGCCAUGAAGUUGGCAGGUGCUUCCUAUAUGGAUAUUCAUCAAGCAGGAGGAGGAAUACAUUUCACUGUGGAGCACACUCGGAAAGCCCCAGAAGAUGAGCUCCUCCAAAGUUUCAGACAACGUCUGCUACGCAUGCUCAGAGCCGGCACCACUUUGGUUGAAUGCAAAAGUGGAUACGGUUUAAACCUAGAAACAGAAAUUAAGAUGCUCCGAGUGAUUGAACGGGCUAGGCGGGAGUUCGACAUGGGUAUUUCCUCUACUUACUGUGGAGCUCAUUCUGUUCCUAAGGGCAAAACUGCCAUUGAAGCCACUGAUGACAUUAUCAGUUUCCACCUUCCUAAACUGAAGGAACUUUACCUUAAUGGUGAAAUACAUGUUGACAAUAUAGAUGUUUUCUGUGAGAAGGGUGUCUUUGAUCUGAAUUCUGCCAGAAGAAUUCUUCAGGCUGGGAAAGAUAUCGGUUUACAGAUUAACUUCCAUGGAGAUGAACUUCAUCCAAUGAAAUGUGCUGAGCUUGGAGCUGACUUAGGAGCGCACGCUGUAAGUCACCUGGAAGAAAUUAGCGAUGAAGGUAUUACAGCAUUGGCUCGGGCAAAGUGUGCAGCUGUUCUGUUACCUACUACUGCCUACAUACUAAGAUUAAAACAGCCUCAAGCUAGGAAAAUGCUAAAAGAAGGGGUGAUUGUUGCUCUUGGUAGUGAUUUUAACCCUAAUGCUUAUUGUUGUUCAAUGCCCAUAGUGAUGCAUCUGGCCUGUGUAAACAUGAAGUUGUCCAUGAAGGAAGCUUUAGCUGCUGCUACUAUUAAUGCAGCUUAUGCUCUUGGGAGAUCUCACACACAUGGCUCCAUAGAGACUGGCAAGCAAGGAGAUCUCAUUAUCAUUAACACACCAAGAUGGGAACAUUUGAUCUACCAGUUUGGAGGCCACCAAGAACUGAUUGAAUAUGUAAUUGUUAAUGGAAAGAUUGCCUAUGUAAAUGAGAAUAUUCUGGAUUACUAGAUGCUUUCUCUCAGGCUGGUUGCAACAGAGUGAUAUUGAGGUGAAUUCAAUGACAAAAUCAAGACAUGCUCUGGUUUUUUAUUUGCUGGCAUUGUAACCAACUGCCUUGAGAUGCAUAUUAUGAAAGGCUGUAUAGAAAUCAAACUAUAAAUAACUAAAUUGCAUACUUAUUUUAUUUACCCCAGUUAAAACUUUGCAAUCACUACCCAUUAUUGCAUCACUCACAGUCACAAUGGAAGCAUUUCAAUCUUUGAAAGAACUUAAAUUGUUAAAACUACAAGAGAAUGCUCUUACCCCUACACAUUUGUACAAACUUUAGGAAAUAAGCCUCAAAAUUGCAGGCAAAUAGUGUUGGGGAAGAUUGUGUGUGUUAUAUUGUAUUUAGUUUGCUGCCACCUCUUUUCUUCUCUGGCCGGUGAGUGUGGCUUUACUCUAUCAGGUUGGAAUGUAUUCUUUAUCAUUUGUGUUAAGCUGUACAAUGCCUUAUUCCAUCUGACUUUAGGACAGAUGAAUGAAAACAAAAGCUUACACAGUGACUGCUCAUCGGUAGACCCUCAUGAAGGGAAUAUUACAUGCAAGCCGGGAGGCUUGGGAUUCAUUUGGAUGAUACUCCCCCACCCCCAACAGACCAUGCAAAUGUGGGGGGACAUCCUCAGAGUGCACCCAUAACAAUGUCUUUCUGGGUUGUACUGACAUCCUCUAAAGCACUUACCAAACAAUCAUGCUCAUUUCCCAUGCUGACAAAACCUGCAUGCCAUGUUGCAUCAGCCUUGUCUAGGCAAGCUCCAGGAUUUUACUGGCUUUCAAUCUGUGUCUUGUGUUUCUUCAUGAGGAUAUUGACUGUGUAGUUGCUUAAUCCUGGCCCUCCAAGGUUUUUAAAUUGUCUAAGUAUAUUAAUUGGUUUUUAAUGGCUCUGAAUUAUUUUAGAUUUGUUUUUAUAUUGUUUCACUUGUUUGCUUUUAAAUUGUGUUUGUUGUGUUUUGCCUGUUGUGCACCGCCCAGAGCAUUUGGAUAGGGCAGUAUAGAAAUGUAAUAAAUAAUAAUCUGCCUGAUAUUUUCAGGGCAAAUUAUGAAUUAAGCCUUUAUAUAUACACCAGAAGUAAUCUUGGCUAUGAAUGUAGAGGAAUGCCUACAUUAUCUUACAAAGCAAUAAAAGAAAAGAUUAGUGUC